CCAUGGGUCUCUAGAAUGAAGAUGGCCUCUGCCAUUCUGCGGCAGAAGCUUGUCGGUGGCCGCUAUUUUCGCCUCGCGACUGUGCACAACAUUUACAGAAUCCUCCAGCCGACCAGACACAGUGCCAGCCUGAGCCCUGGUGUGGGUGUGCAGGCGUCCAGAGUGUGGGUGGGCAGCGGCUGGACGGGGGUGUGUGGAGAGCAAGCUGUGGGCAGCCGGGCCUCGUGCGUGCCUCAAGACCCGCGGCGCUAUGUGUACCGCUGGCUGGUGACCUCCGAGGACCAUGACAAGGCCACGAGUUUAGCAUCAUGGCAGGUGAAGGUGAAGGAGUCCACCAAGAUCAAGGAGGCGGGGCAGGACCUCCUGGAGGACUUCAAGGAGACCCGGGCUAAAGUGAAGGAGAAGAUGGACGAGAUUGUGGAGCGUGAAAACAUCUGGACUGUGCCAAACCUGCUGUGUGUGAGUCGCAUUGCCCUGUCCCCCUACCUGUGCUACCUGGUGCUGGUGGCUGACCACCAGUGGGCACUGGGGCUUUUCCUCAUGGCUGGUGCUACUGACAUGCUGGAUGGAUGGAUUGCCCGAACCUUCCCCAGCCAGGCGUCAAACUUAGGCAGCUUCCUGGAUCCCCUGGCUGACAAGGUGCUGGUGGCCAUGCUAUUCCUAUCCCUCACCUACAUGGACCUCAUUCCCUUGCCACUCACGGGCCUCAUCAUCUACCGUGACGUGCUCAUUGUUGGCGGGGCGUCCUACGUGCGCUACAAGAGUCUUCCUCCCCCACGCACACUCUUCCGCUACUUUGACGCGUCGCACGCCACGGCUCGUCUUGCCCCGACAGCCAUCAGCAAGUUCAACACUGCCGUCCAGCUGAGCCUCAUCACUGCCGCCCUGGCCGCACCCAUCUUUGCCCUCACUGACCAUGUCGCCUUCAAAGCACUCUGGUGGUUGACAGCAGCUACAACACUCAGCUCAGGACUCAGCUACAUCUUCUCCAGGGACACCUACAAGUUUCUCAGGACCAUGGACAAGCCAGCUGAGUAGUGUGUGUGUGUGUGUGGGAUAUAGGUGUCUGAAUUUAUACUUGAAAAUUACUGGAAGAAUGGAGAGAAUUACAGCAUUUUGCCACUUUCAUUAGUAUGAUGGUGGCAUUGUAAUAAACGAUAUGCUGGAAAGUACAGAUGUUAAUUACAGAUAAAUGUGUUGUGUGUGUGUGUGUUCAUUAUUCAAACAUAUAUGCAAAUCAACCCAGCAAACAAUGUCAAACAAUUUCUUACACAAAUACUGCCGUGAAUGUAGAAUAUUUUUGCUAACGUAACAAUUGUGACAGGUUUCCACAAGUGUGUGCAGGAAUUUUCAUAAUGCCUCCCUCCUGUAUGAAAUUGGUGUGUGUCCUGCAUCUGGGAGAGAGUUCCCAUGAGAUAUAGAACACAAAACCCUGUGAAAAGGACCAGGGAGAACCACCAACUCUAUAUUAACACAGGAGAGACUAUGGAAGAAUGAUUUAUCUAUACCUUCCAACUUUACUCUUACUCUCUUCUUUGACUUGAUCAGCCAAAAUCCUUGGCUCUCAACAUACACAACAAAAACCUUGUGGGAAAGCCUGAGCUUACCUGUGACCUUCCUGAGGAGCUUAGGACUAUUCUACCAGACAGCCUCAGGGACAUCUACUGCUAGUACACUACAAAAAUUCACACAGUACAUUUAAUCUCUAUGUAUUCAUAUACCAGGCCAGCAAUCCCACACAAGGUAGCCCAGACAAAGCACCACACACUUGUACACACAUCUGAUACUUUUAAUACUAAGGAUAAACUUGCUAUAUGGUCUGUUUGAGUCAGUUUAUUCACAUACACACUCGUCCUUCAGCUCCUAAUAUCUUGUGUGGCCCCUUCUGCUUAUCUUCCAGAUUUGUAGUGAUGCUUCCCAGUGUCUUAGUAUCUCAAUUUUGUCUCUGUUUCCUUGCAAGUUAUAACGACACAACUGCCAAGUUUUAUAUAGAAUUCGUAGGUGAGCAUAUUUUGUGGUGUUAAUGUUAUUCCAGAUUAUGUAGGGAAGACAUUUAUAUGUAAUGGGGGAAAAUUAUUGUUUUUACUUAGUUCUCUGCUGAUAUGAGAGAAAACCAAGAGCAGAACUACAUCAGGUGAAUCAAGUAUCAGUAUGGAUAAAGGACCAAUGGGUGUCUGAGGAAGUGUAGGAGUGGGAGAUGUGAGAGUGGCAGGAAUGUUUUGUCUGGCAGGUGACUGUGGGGAUCGUGGAAAUGUAAACACUAAGAUGCAGUUGUAGUUUCUUGACUAUGUGAGUUGUUAGGUUUGUACAGUGUGUGUGUGUGUGUGUGUGUGUGUGUGUGUGUGUGUGUGUGUUAGAAGUUUGUGCCUUUGUUUUAGCUGUUGAGGUGAGAUGGAGAGUUGUUAGUUAGGGACUGUUACUUGUUAGCAUCCAUGAAUGUGUGGGUGUGAGUGUACAUAAUGUAAUUUGUGUAUAUAGCAGUACAGAAUGACCAUUGGCUGUGUGUACAUACAUUUGUAUUGUAACAAAUUUCCAAUAAUUAUUUAAUAAAAAAAAUUUACAAAAAAUACAUUUGU